AUGGCUGCAGCUCCUCCCAGCUGCUGCUUGGUGGCCUUCCCGCCUCGUGCCAAGGACGGUCUGGUGGUGUUUGGGAAAAACUCGGCUCGGCCCAGGGAUGAAGUGCAGGAAGUUGUGUAUUUCCCGGCCUCCGAUCACGAGCCCGAGAGCAAGGUGGAGUGCACUUACAUUUCAAUCGACCAAGUUCCCAAGACCCACGCCAUUGUGAUAAGCAGACCUGCCUGGCUUUGGGGGGCAGAAAUGGGAGCCAAUGAACACGGAGUGUGCAUCGCCAACGAGGCCGUCAAUGCCAGAGAACCGGCGGCUGAGACGGAAGCCUUGCUGGGCAUGGAUCUGGUCAGGCUUGGUUUAGAAAGAGGGUCAACGGCUAAAGAAGCCUUUGAUGUCAUCAUUGCCUUGUUGGAAGAACAUGGACAAGGUGGGAAUUAUUAUGAAGAUGCAGGCUCCUGCCACAGCUUCCAGAGUGCUUAUCUGAUUGUGGACCGUGAGGAGGCCUGGGUGCUGGAGACCGUAGGGAAGUACUGGGCUGCUGAGAAAAUCACAGAGGGCGUCAGGUGCAUUUGCAAUCAGCUUUCACUCACCACUAAGAUUGACGCAGAGCAUCCUGAGCUCAGGAGUUACGCUCAGAGUCAAGGCUGGUGGACGGGAGAGGAGGAGUUCAAUUUCUCCGAAGUUUUUUCUCCAGCUGAGGACCAGCUACACUGCUGUGCAGGCAAAGACAGCUUAGAAAAGCAAGAAGAAAGCAUCACUGUGCAGACUAUGAUUGACAUCUUACGGGACAAAGCCAGUGGCGUCUGUAUAGACUCCGAGUCUUUCCUCACCACAGCCAGUGUAGUGUCUGUCCUGCCUCAGAGCAGCAGCUCACCGUGCAUCCACUACUUCACUGGGACCCCAGAUCCCUCCAGGUCCGUAUUCAAGCCUUUCAUCUUUGUUGAUGAUGUAAAACUUGUCCCCAAAGCACAGUCUCCCUGUUUCGGGGAUGAUGAUCCUGCCAAAAAGGAGCCUCGGUUCCAGGAGAAGCCAGACCGUCGGCAUGAACUGUACAAGGCCCACGAGUGGGCACGUUCUGUCAUUGAAAGUGACCAGGAGCAAGGUCGCAGGCUGAGGAAGACCAUGCUGGAGCUGGAGAAGCAAGGCCUGGAGGCCAUGGAAGAAAUCCUGGCCAGCCCCGACCCCCUGGACCCCGCCGAGGUGGGGGACCUUUUCUAUGACUGCGUGGACACGGAGAUUAAGUUCUUUAAGUGAAGCAGGCACCCCCUUCCCCUGUCUUAUUUAAAAUUUCCCACCGUACUAAGUUACCAGCAAAACAAACCGCUCUCCUGUUCGAGUAAGACGAGAAAGGUCCGCCGGGGCCGCCCCUUCUGAAGCCAGAUCGAACUGUAAACUUGUGUUCUGCCCGGAAACUCGAAAUGCCCCCUCCGCCGUGUGGUCCCCAUCCUCUGCCGUGUGACAUGUAUCCCGUGUGCCCGUUGUUUUCCUGUGUGACUAGUUGUGGAUGUCAAGCUGCUGUUAUUGUAUUCCAGUGGCAAUGGACACAUUAGCCUCUUUGGGGGAUGAUCAGAGUUCAUCGGGUCUUGAAAGGCAGGCUCCACAGUGGGAAAGCAAAAUCUUUUGAAGUCUUACACUUUCUCAGUGACAGUUUCUUUCAGGUUAACAAAAGCAUUGCUUUGACUGGCCCAGGGUCCUGUGUGCGCACUCGAGGGAGAAGCUUCCCGGUGUCCCUUAGUUUGAGUCCUAGUCUGUCUGUAUCUGUAGCGCAGAAUGUCUCCAGCUGUGUCUUCUCAGGGACACAUCUGGAGGGAAGGAAUAAAGGGGUCCUGUCCAGUCCCAGCUCAGUCCCGAUUCCCAUGACCCUCAAGAACCUACCUUCUGUGCCCUGUGCUGUGUGCCGGGACCCACAAACUGCUUCCACGUGCGGGAAAGCUGGGCGUGUGUCAGCUGACCCGCCCACUUUAGAGCGCCAGAGGCAGCCACACCUGGGGCUUCCCGAGUCACCGCGUGGGUCUCCCGGGGGCACGAGGCCCGGCCUGGUUGCCGCCACCUAGUUUAGGGUUCAUCAGAUGGCCCCAGGGCAUAGUUCCACCCCACAGAGCUGCGAAGCUCUCAGCUAACGAGGGGAAGGAGGAGCUUUUGACGGUUUCGAUUCCAGUUCAAGUAGCUGGAAUCUAUCUGAGCAGCCGCCACACCAUCUCCGCGGAGACUCUCGUUAAACCGAUUUGUUUCCAACGUCGUGUUCGCGUGAAGGAUUGGACUUAUCACCGGAGCACAGAAAAGCGUGUGAGGAAGAGCAGAUGGGCUCAGCACUGGGAACACAGAGGGCAAGCAGGCCACAGAUGGAGAAGCAUUUCGCUCCAGAGUAACAGCCCAGCCCCCCCCCCGGCUGCCCAGCCUGUUGUACCCCACAGAGCUGUGUGGGGAGCAACUGGCUUUCCCUGGGCCUUCCCUUUAUCACCCCCGCCCCCCCCAUGUGUCCCAGUAGCUGCCUUCGGACUGGUGGCUGAAGUGGGCAGGUGGUUUGGGGGGACGCUUACCUCCAGCUACUGGAACUCUCCGCCACUCUGGGAACGGCAGGGGGCAGAGAUGAUGAAUGUGGUAACACACCAGCUGGCGGGAGCACAGCAGCUUAAUUACUCCUGGCGACCCCUCAGAAGCAGCGCAUCAUAGGCCACGAGAGCUGGAAGGGACUCGCGUCCCAUGUGCAGGUUUUAUCGGAACAAAUGUUUCCCACCAACUCCCCUUGGCAUGAGAGCCCCAUGAUCUUUUUGCCCAGCAGGUAUGUAAAUUCCGGAUGUAAAAUGACUACAGGUGGUGAGAGCCGGGAAGACCGAGCUGACAGAAUUAAUAGCAGCCGUUGGAGGUGGUUUGUGGACUUUGAGACUUUUGUCCAGGUUCUGGCUUUCACGGUUGAUUAACUGAGGGUCUCCUCCUCUGUGGAGCUGCCAUUCUGAGAGUCUGUCUGCAGCUGCUGAGGGAGGAAGGGUGGGGGUCCAGAAUGACAUGGGUCCCUCAUCCCCCCCUAAACGCACCUCCAGAGGGGCUAUUUAAAGCAAGGUCACGUAGAAAGCCGGUCUAAAAACGUCACAACAAGGUCUCACUUCCCCCUGUUGUGGAAACAUUUCCUCGGACCUGACAUGUCUGGGAUACCCAAGGUGAUUCGGGGCUUGACCAAAAGGAAUCUAGUGAGAGUAAAUUACACAGAGGCCUGCUUUUAUUAUUACGGGCCAAACAAAGGUCACGGGUCACCAGCCAGCCUUAUGCCACCUCCCAGCCAGUUGUGCUGUGGGAAACACAAUGGGUGCUUCUGUUAGGGGGCAUUGACCUUAGCCCAGCACUUCAGAGAAGGGCCAACCCUGAGAGUCGCCUGGGCUAACGCCCUACAUCACGAUUGCAGGGCCCCUGUGUGAGCCCUAGAGGGCGAGGCAGCGCUCCCUGGCACAGCCUGGCACAAGUUAAAGCCGCUGGGAAGCUUCCAUGGGGCAGAGAGGCGGUCUAGGUACAGUCAGAGCCAGUGACCGCAGUGGACAGGUUCUCCGCACACCGAGAAUCCCGGGGAAGGACAAGAAGAGAGCAGGGGAUCUGCCACGUGGCCGUACUCACUUCUAGUGACUUGUAUUUACUUAUACUAACAGCUUGAAAUACGCUGUUGGAUCUUGAGCAGCAGGCUGUCGCUGGGGGGGAUGUUUGUCUUUAAAUGCUCCAGACAGACUCCGCUUUUGAGAAAUGCGUAUCGUUACACGGAUAACGUCUUGACCGGGGAUUGCUUUUCUAAAGGCAAUAUGGAGAAAAUGGAUAGCCAAGAUGAACUGUGAAAGUAAUGCUUAAAGGCCAGAGUGUAAAUAGCUUCCUAAAAUGCCAUUUGUGUAUCCAUUAAGUGUUGG